UGUUUUGCCGAAGAAGAUAGCCUCAAACUUCUGAAUUUCAGUGAUCCUCCUGACUCAGCCUCCCUAGAACCUGGGACUCCAGGGACACACCCAGCUUCCCCAGCACCUUUUUUAUAAUUCUAACUAACUUCCUUCCUCUCUCUCUCUCUUUCUUUCUGUACCAGGGAUAGAAUUUGCACUUGCAAGGCAGGUGGCAGAACCACUGAGCUAAAUCCCUGUACUACACCACCCCAGCACUUUGACAGGCUGAUUAGUCUUCACCCUUGACUUCCACCCCCAGGGAGUCAGGUCAGCUCUGCAGUUCCAGCCUGGAGCACUUGCAGAAGCUACAACCCUUCAGAUCUUUACCCGGACCACCCCCCUGGCCUUUCCUGUCCUGUCCCCUCUUCAUCUCCAUCUGACCUCUUACGUAACUGCCUGUCCUUUUCCCUGAUGAGAAUGUUGGUCCGUGAAGGUGGGUAGUUUUCCCCAUUUCUCAGGACUUUGUCCCUGGAGCCUAGAACAUCGAGGUGCAUAUAGCAGACGCUCAGGGAGGAUUUGUGGGAUGAGUGCAUGGUGGGGAAUGAACAGAUGAGCCGGCCAGCUUCUGCCUGGAGAGCACCGAGGGAAACUGACCUUGUCCCCGCCCUUUGCAGCUUUAUCUGUGGAGCCUGAAGUGACCACCUUGGGGGCCAUGCAGAAGGCUGGGGCUGGUGGCCGAAGGGCCUCCGACUGUGGGCCCACCCCCUACCGGCCCAGGUGCAUCACCAAAUUUGCCCAGUACGUGGGAUCCUUCCCCGUGGAUGACCUGGAUACGCAGGAGGGUGUGUGGCUGGUGCGGCAGCAGCUGUGGGCACUGAAGGACUGUCCCCGCCGAAGAGCUGUCAUCCUGAAAUUCAGCCUGCAGGGUCUCAAGAUCUACAGUGGGGAGGGAGAGGCACUCCUGAUGGCCCACGCCUUGCGGCGCAUCCUCUACUCCACCUGGAUCCCAGCCCGCUGCCAGUUUGCCUUCAUCGCCCGGAACCCACGAAACCCAUCCAGCAGACUCUUCUGCCACCUGUUUGUGGGCAGCCAGCCUGGAGAGGUUCAGAUCCUGUACCUGCUGCUCUGCCGCUCCUUCCAGCUUGCUUACCUCUUACAGCACCCUGAGGAGCGGGCACAGCCUGAACUAUCCCCCGGGCCGGCAGGGGACCUGUCCCCAAAGCCACUGCCCAGCCCUGGGGGCCCUGCUACCCUGGUGCGGGAACCCUUCAGCCGUAAUCAGCUCUCACAGAACGUCCACGCCCUGGUCUCCUUGCGGCGGCUGCCAGCUGAGGUGCCAGGGGGCAGUAGUGGGGAGCUGCCUGAGUCAGAAGGCCAUAGUGCCCGCCACGCCCGCCUGGGGAACCCCUACUGCUCACCCACACUGGUGCGAAAGAAGGCCAUUCGCAGCAAGGUGAUCCGCUCAGGGGCCUAUCGGGGCUGUACCUAUGAGGCCCAGCUGCAACUGUCAGCGCGGGAGUCCUGUGAGUUAGGGUGCAGCCCCCGCGUGUGUGCAUGCGUCACUGGCUGGGUGUGUGUGCAUCCGGGGUGACUGUGUGACUGUGCG